AUGGACCGCCACCGCCUCGUCUCGCCGCGCGAGGUCGAGCGCCUCGUCGCCGACGGCCAGCUCAUCGUCAUCCACGAGGGCUACGCCCUGAAGCUGGACAGCUGGAUCGACCGCCACCCCGGCGGCCGCCUGGCCAUCCUGCACAUGGUCGGCAGAGACGCGACGGACGAAAUCAACGUGUACCACUUCCAGAAGACCCUGGCGAUCAUGAAGGCCUAUCGCAUCGGCCGCGUCAACCAGCCGUGGACGAAUCUCGAGCCGCCCAUUCGGGCCGCCCAGGCCCCAGCAGCCCCUCACCGCAACGCCCCUGACACGACGACCACCACCACCCCCACCAUCACCGUUGCCGACGCCGACGACACCACAUCCGAGUCGAACGACGACGCCGCCUCCAUAUUCAGCCACAAGCUCGACCCGCUGAGCUCCAGCAACUCUAGCGUCGGCCUCUCCGACGCCGAGCCCGACUCCUGCACGCCCAGCAAACCCUGCGGAGACGUUUCCGACGCCCCCAAGACUGCCCCGGCCGGAGAUUGCAGGCGCAGAAACGUCGCCACCGCCAAGCCGCAACAAGCUCUCUUCCCCACGGAGAACCUGUCGCGCACCACGUACACGGCUGCUCUCGAGCAAAAGGAGAUCGCCGAUGGCAUCCGCAACUACCCCUCGCUCGAUCCCGCCACCCAGCAGUCCAUUCGCGCCGAGUAUGACGCUCUGCAUCGCCUCGUCCAAGAAAAGGGCCUGUACAAGUGCCGCUACUCGCAAUAUGGCAAGGAGAUGAUCCGCUACUCGGCCCUGUUCAGCCUGUUUGCGUAUUUUCUGGCCAAGGAGUGGUACUUGACGUCGGCCGUCUUCCUGGGCCUGUUCUGGCAGCAAAUCAUGUUCUCCGCGCACGACGCCGGCCACCGCGGCAUCACGGGCAACUUUGUCGUCGACACGGUCAUUGGCGCCUUCGUCGCCGACUUUUGCUGUGGGCUGUCCAUCGGCUGGUGGAAGAGCUCGCACAACGUGCACCACCUGAUCACCAACAUGCCCGAGCACGACCCGGACAUCCAGAACAUCCCGCUCUUCUCGACCUCGCCCACGUACUUCAAGUCGAUUCGCAGCACCUUCUACAACUUUACCUUUUACUGGGACAAGGCCGCCGACCUGGUCGUGCCCUUCCAGAAGUACACGUACUACCCCGUCAUGGCCCUCGCCCGCUUCAACCUGUACCUGCUCUCGUGGCUGCACCUGGUGUCGCCUCGCGCCGCCCAGCUGGGGUCGGCGUGGUGGACACGGUGGUUGGAGGUUGCCUUCAUGGGCUGCUACUGGGCGCUGUUCGGGUACGCGCUGGUCUGGCGCACGCUGCCCGACUGGCCCACGCGCGUCGCGUUUGUGCUGACGUCGCACAUGAUCACGAUGCUGCUGCACGUGCAGAUCACCCUGUCUCACUGGGGCAUGCCGACGGCGGACCUGGGCCCGACCGAGUCGUUUGCCCAGCGACAGCUGCGCACCACCAUGGACGUCGACUGCCCCGAGUGGCUGGACUUUUUGCACGGCGGCCUGCAGUUCCAGGCGGUGCACCAUCUCUUCCCGCGCAUGCCCCGGCACAACCUGCGCGCCGCUCAGGUGCUGGUGCGCGAGUUCUGCGCCAAGACUGGCAUCAAGUAUCAGUGCCAGGGUUUCGUCGAGGGGAACAAGGUGGUGCUGACCAGGCUGGAGGAGGUGGCCAAGAUGGUCGAGACGCUGGUCCAGUGCCAGAUGCACAUGGCCGAGACGGGCGAGAGCGGGCUGCAUUAG